AUGACGGAUCAAUCGAUUGCACCAAACUUCAGCCUGCGUAACGUCAACACAAGCCGACCGCAAGUCUCUCGGACAGGCUCUAGACAAUCGAUCGCUGCCUCGGACGACUACUAUUCCUUUUCAGACCGCUCCACAUCAAGUAAUCCGGACAGCCAUCUCACAGCAAUGCGCUUUGAGACUGCAGAGUCGCAUCAGUCCUCUCAGGCGUCAUCUCCUACAGUCCCGCGGGCCGAGUAUCUACAGCCUCAGGUCAUGCCUCAUUCGGAUCCAUACCAUCCUCAACCCCACCGACCUGCUCAACAAGAACUUGAAUCCCCUCGUCCAGGUACAAGCAGUACCGUGCGUUUUGGAGCCGACAGAUUUGCACGCUUGAGUCCGAAGUCGGAUGACACAGUCAGGCGAAUCGCGGCGGACUACGCUGGCCCAGCACCGACUCCCGGGCUCGAUGACUCGCCCUACGUCCGCUUCGCCAUCGACCAACUGACUCGCGAUCGAGCAGCGGGUGUUCUUCAGAGACACGACUCCAUCUCGACCAAUCAAGACUUUCCAAACGAUCGGCUGGUGUGGGAUCAGGGGCUGGGACAAUUCACCCGUGCGCGCACUCCCAUCCGGUACACUCCUACACCACCGAGACCCGGAAAUUUGACAUCGCCGUCCCCUCAAGCACUGCCUCAAAGGCCCGACUCCGUUGACCCAGAAUCUUUUCUCGCCGUCGGCCCACCCGAGGAAAGUCUUCAGUACCCGCCUCUCGACUAUAUGCCCCUUGUCCUUCAGCCAUGGGCUCUGCUGUGCUUAAUUUUCUGCGGGCUGCUCAUGAUUGCGGGCGUGGUGUUUUGCAAUGUCUGGUCUUCUCAACAUGAGGGGCUGUGGGACUAUGAAGGCCAAGGAGGUGACCGCUACUUUGUGAUGCAGUUUCUUCCUCAGAUUUUGGCCGCCCCGAUCAUCAUCUGGAGCUUUGUUGUGCAGGCCGCACUGUAUCGGAUUUCUCCAUUUGCAAUUAUGGCAUCAGCACGACCACGCGGAUCGGUCUUGCAAGGGUUAUCUGUGCUUCCCAAGAAUUUUCUUCUACCUGACUUCUCCCACUUCCGAUCGGGGGAGCUUCUUUUCGGAAUCUCGCUGUUCUCAAUCUGGUUGGCGAAUUUUUUCGCUAUUCCUCUCCUCAGCUGCCUGUUUCAGGCCAAGUACUACAUCAUUGAGGGGCAAGGUGUGUGGCGAUGGACAUCUGUCGAGGCAGUCGGCUGGACUCUAGUCGGAAUAUACGGAUUUCUGGCGAUUGGCUUAGUUCUCCUGGUGGUACGAUUCAUUCGAGCAUCGACGGGCCUCAUGUGGGACCCUAUCAGUCUGGCAGAUUUGAUCUCGAUCAUUCAGCGGUCAAACAUUCUCCAUGACUACGAGCACUCUGAAACUGUUCCAUCCGUGAAACAGUCGCUGGAUCCUCGCACUGUUCGCCUCGGUUAUUGGAAGUUGUCCGCAAAACCCGGAUCUGACAUCUUCUAUGGCAUCGGUGAAGUGGACGCUCCAAAUCGGACACCUUCUCUCCAUCAGACGGAGAAGAUGCGGGACUUACAGCCUCAAGGAAUGACCAGAGUGAGAUUUGAUCUGGAGCAUAGUGGUCCAUUCACCAAUGAUUCAUCUGAUCAUCACCUCCACUCUCCAUUCGUCCGGCACCGCUGGAUUCCCUGGUUUCUUCGUAAGCCGUCUGUUCUGAUUUGGACCACUCUUGUGUUUGCUCUGUUUGUGGCCUUCGUUGUUGUCAGUUUUGUACACAACGCGAUUCGAACUGGUUUUCCUCCAAAGCUGCCUACUUUGCCCUCAUCGACUGCGUUCUCGGCCUCAAAUUUCGUCUACAGCUUCAUUCCGGCUCUGAUUGGAAAUGUUCUCUUCCUCGCCUUGCAGCCGAUUGACAUGUAUUUCCGUGCUGUUCAGCCCUUUGUUGAGCUUUCAAAAGGUGCAUCGGCAGAACAGAGUCUCCUUCUGGCAUACCCUUACUCCCUACCUAUGCAAGUGUCGCUACAGGCGAUCAUCAAUCGACACUUUCGCGUUGCCUGGCUGUCUUUCAUGAGCUCCGUAUCGAUUGCCAUUCCAAUUCUAGCUGGGGGCGUAUUCAUCGCACUCUGGUAUCCAGAUUCUCGUGAUAUCCGCAUCUCCUCCCUGAUGCCGGCAUUUUAUGCCCUGAUUGCAUUUUGUGCCCUGUACGCGCUCACAUUUCUCACAAUCUGGCCUGCCCGCUGCCAUUUUCUCCCGCACGAUAUCACCACCCUCGCCGAUCUCAUCAGCUUCCUCUAUCAGUCCCCCCUUCUUGCGGACAAGCUACUCCGUGAGCCUCGCAGCAAGACGGACCUUGUGACUCGCCUCAUCGUUACUCCACCUUCAGAACGUACGCUACCCAUGUACGGCUUUGGCGUUUACAUCGGACGCGAUGGCAAAGAACACCUCGGCAUUGAUCGCUUCCAUCGCCCCGGCCGUGCCGAUAUGUUGAUUAUGACCGAAACGACGAAAUUCUAG